AUGUUGAGCACUACAUUCACCUUGCUCGCAGGAGUACUACUCUCCUCCGCAGCCCCUGUCGACAAACGCUCCACCAGCGGUGCUGUCAUUACAGUCGACUUCCCUGACCCGGCAUUGGUCAAGGCCAACAACCAAUGGUACGCUUUUGGUACUCAGUCUACAUUCGACAACAAGAACAUCCAUAUUCAAGUCGCUUCUUCAUCCGACUUCAAUUCUUGGUCCCUGCACAAUGGUCAAGACGCUUUGCCAAACCUACCUGGUUGGGUCGACCAGAGCAACCCUUUGGUCUGGGCUCCUGAUAUCAUGCACCUGGACGAUGGAACAUUCGUAAUGUACUUUAGCGCCACAACAAACACCGGCGGCGAUGGAAAAUAUCACUGUAUCGGUACAGCCAUCAGCUCCAAUGUAGAAGGCCCCUACAACCCAUCACCAAACCCAUGGUACUGUCCUGUUGAUCAAGGCGGUGCCAUUGAUGCUGCCGGCUUUAGAGACGCAGACGGAACCUGGUAUAUCACCUACAAGAUCGACGGCAAUGCCAAAGGAAAUGGAGGAAUUUGUAACAACGGCAAUGCACCAAUCGUCAACACACCCAUCAUGAUCCAGAAAGUCGGCUCCGAUGGUAUCAGCAAGCAAGGCAGUCCAUCUACCAUCAUGAACCUGCAAGGAUCAGAUGGACCCGAUAUCGAAGCUCCUGCUAUGGUCAGAAGAGGAAACACAUACAUACUCAUGUUCUCUAGCCAUUGCUACAGCACCAACAGCUACGACACUUUAUAUGCAACCAGUGGCUCACCCACUGGAGGGUUUGUCCGCAGAGGCAGCAUUGUAGGAGGUGGAAGGGGUGGUCUCGAUGCUUCAUUGGAUGCGACUCAUGUUGCCUUCCACGGGUUGCAAGGCGAUGGACGCAGAUACAUGUACACCGGUACCCUUAAUAUCGACGGCACCACUGUGACAAUCUGAACAACGAGAAAAGAGCUUACGAGCUAUGACUUACGACUCAAAUGAUGGGAUGGUAUGAUGCAUACGGGAUAACGAAAAGGACGAAAAUGAGCCAUGUAAAGUACGAUGCAUGUUUUCUGUAGUGUUAGCGAUAUAAACAUGAUCGUGCCUUCUAUUCUUGACCAUC